GCAGUAUGUGGCCGUACAGUUUCCGACGACUGACAGUACCUCAGUUCAAAAACGAGGACAGAAGCUUCAGUUCAAUCCGAUCGGAAUCAAUGGCGAAAGCUUUCGCUUCGACGAUCAUCGCCCUCUUAUCCAUGAUUUUCAUUUGCUCUUCAGCCUUUGCAGAAUCCGGAAAUUCACCAUUUAUCGUGGCCCAUAAAAGGGUUUCUCUCAGAAAACUGAAUUCGGAUCUGGAACGCGUGUCCGUCUCCAUUGACAUUUAUAACGCUGGUUCGCUCACAGCGUAUGAUGUAACCCUCACUGAUGAUAGUUGGGCCGAAGAGGUUUUUGAUUCUGUUAUUGGCAACACAUCUCGGACCUGGGAAAGACUUGAUUCUGGUUCCCUUGUGUCGCAUUCAUUUGAGUUGGAAUCUAAAGUGAAAACUGUUUACUAUGGCGCACCUGCUUUGAUCACUUAUAGAAUCCCCACGAAACUGAAGCUACAGGAGGCUUAUUCAACCCCAAUUCUGCCACUGAGAAUUCUAUCAGAACCAACCAGUGACACAAAAAUUGAAAUUGCAAAGAGAUUGCUGGCGAAGUACGGUUCGCAUGUUUCCGUGAUUCUUCUCAUCAUCCUGUUUGCACAGGUCCUCACCACUCCAAGAUCUAGUGCUACAGGGGGUAACAAAAGAAAGCAUUGAAUGCCAACUUUAGGCAGGCUGAGCCAAAACAACGGCUCUUGUGCUGUUAGAUUGACAUACACCAUCAAAGAGGUAGAGAGCUAACCACAUUGAGGAAUUUAUUGUACUUUUCAAUAUAAUUUAAUGGGGUUGGGAAAUGUUUUUUUUUAAAUAAAACAUCAGUAUGAAUUAUCACAAGUUUCUCAAUCCUAUACUACGCCUUUCAAUGGGCGGAGUUUACUCUAUCCAAAU